AUGGCUCCCAGCAAGAUAAUCUCGCUGAUUGAUCAGCUUGCUGAUCUAGAGGAUCCCACUCCCAAGGAUUUUGAUCCCGAGGAUCUUGAACACCACGACCAAUCUAGCGAUGACGAUGGGGCAGGCGCACCGACAGAUGCGAACGCUGGAAGAGAGCAUUAUGAGACCGUUGGGUAUGAUGGCGCUUCCGAUUUGCUGGAGAAUAACCGAAUGCUAAUCCGCGCAAACAGCAAGGGAAAACUUCGGAAGCGGGAACCUGUCAAAUUAGGGAAGCAGUAUGCUGGCGCGCGCAUUAGUAGAGACGCUCUCGAGGCCGACAGUGAUAAUGAUCCAUUUGCGGCACAUACCGAUGAUGAAGACAGCUCCGACGCUGGCUCCGACGAGGCAGGAAUUGAGGACGACUCAGAGAUGGAAGACGAAGAAGACGAGUUGUCGGUGUCAGGGAGUGAUGACGACGAGGAUGACGAGGAUAUCGAUGAGGAGGACGAGGAGGAAGAGGAGGAGGACGGGUCUGAGGAUGAAGACAGUGAUGACGACGAGCGCAGUUCUGCCAAGAUCAAGCGCCAUAGUGGAAUUGCCCAUUCUGGAUCCGGAGCUGCCUCAGAUGAUCGGGAAGAACUGAGAAAACUGAUGGCUACGGAUCAGAAAACAAUCGCAGCUACGAUCACGAAAGCUGCAACGGCAGACGCUGUCAAGGGAAAGGCUGUUAAGCAGCAACGUAGCACUUUCGAUGCGCUUUUGAACACACGUAUCAAACUGCAGAAGGGUCUGGGAGCAAUCAACGAGAUGGCUGCGAUGGUUGGAGGUGACAACGAGGAUAACGAAGCUGCCGAUGACGAAGCAAUUAAAUCCGCCGAGUCUGCUGCCCUUGCACUCUGGUCUACUUUGGAGGAACUGCGUACUGCUCUUGCUGACGCCCAAUCUAAGGAUGACAGCAAGAAGCGCAAGAGACCUUUGCCUAUUACUCCUACAGUUAAAUCUGCUUUGCUUUGGGAGCGUAUGGCUGAUCUAGAGUCCGAAUCGCUUGUACAACGUCGCUCUACUCUCGACAAGUGGUCCGCUAAGGUCAGAGCUAAUUCGACCUCGGGACCCAAUGCCAAAGGCAAGCUGAUUGGCUCCGCAUCUAAGCAAUCUAUUACUGCUGUUCUUGAUGCCCACGUUGCUACUGAAACUGGCGAUCGUUCAUCCAAGCGUGCCCGCCAAUCUAAUAGCAACAAUUCGACUGAAACCCCCGAACCUGUUUACGAUGAUACCGUCUUCUACCAGUCUCUUCUUCGUGAACUUGUUGAGCAACGCAUGUCCUCUGAUGCGAUGACGGGUGGUCUUGAUACUCAGCUGCCGACUCGUCUGAACAUCCACCCCGUCACUGGAAUGCGCAACGACAAAAACAAGCGCGCCGACGUUGAUACUCGCGCCUCUAAGGGUCGUAAGAUGCGCUUCAAUGUUCAUGAGAAGCUCCAAAACUUCAUGGCUCCCGAGGACCGUGGCUCAUGGUCUAUUCGGGCCCGAGAUGAGUUCUUUGCUUCCUUGCUAGGCAAGACUGCCAGUGGAAUGUUGGGUGAAAAUGAGAGUGGCAGUGAUGAGGAAAGCGACGAAAACCGUGGAGAAGGGUUGAAGCUGUUCCGGAGCUAA